AAAACCUUGAGUUAUCAGGGAUUUUUCUUUUCAUGGCUUGGAUAAUAAUCAUUGGUGGGUGUCAAUUCAUGCCCUAGCAACCAAUAAGAAUAUUCUAGCAACCAUUAUGCAAGAGCUUUUUCUCAGCAUCAGAACAUUGUAGACAUGGGGUGGGCUCUUUUGACUCAUUUAUCUUGUUGUAACAUUGUGUCCCAAGAUUUGCCACAGCAAGCACCACUCACAUAUGUUUUCUUCAGAGACUUAGUGUUCCAUGAUUCUCAAUAAGAGAGAGACGAUUGCAAUGGACAAGAACAUAGAUUAUUAUUGUGGAUUUAUUUUGCAUUUUUUCAUCUGAAAUCAUAAGGUUUCCUUAGGUUCUUUAAACUGCUCAUCCAAACUCAACUUUACUUCAUUCUGUGCCCUUUUUGGCUUGACCCUGGUGUGAUGGCCUGUGCUCUCAGUCUGUAGUAUCUGCUCUAGCAGGAGAGGUUGAAGAAGAACAGAAGCUUCAUGAACUGAAAAUACACCAACAAAAAAAUACUACAUACUAACUUGAACAGAAACAGGACUUGUUUUAAGGCAUUAACAACUCCAUAUUGUCUCCAUCUUUGUCUAUCGCCUCUUUAAACUUUUUCUUUCUUUCAAUUUGUAUUGGGUUGUUAUGAAGUCAUGUCCCAAACUGGAAAAGUCCUUCAUUUAUAUGUGGAGGUAAGAUCCCCACCCGAGCCUGAUGGGAAUGGUAAUUCAUGUGAGACGUCAGUGGAGCAAGAUGGUCCUAUUGAGGCAUUAAACAAAUUAGCACAGGUGGCAUCUGGGUUUACCUCACCUGCUGGCAAUGCACACUCCUGCGGUCCAUACAAACCAAACGUUAGCUUCCUACUUCAGCCCUCACAAUCUGUGGGUUCACCUCAGAAAUGCAGCAUUCCCCAGCAGGAGCCAUGCCCACAGGUGUCCACUGGACUCAAUAACAACACUGACGGUAAACAGUUGAAACAUGUGCGCUCUUUAUCGAACUCUGGACAAGCAUCUGACCAUGGGACGCCUUGUCACGCCUGCAAACAACACCUGAACUCCAAACCAGAACUUGGGCAGAGAUCUGUGGUCACUUUCAGCUACAUCGAGAAACCUCACAUUAAAACCGUAGAGAGUCCGCGUAACAGCCCCAGUGGAAUAAAGGAAGAUGGGAGUUCACACAAGAGAUGUAGUGAUACAGUCAGACCCGGGCAUGCUGAAUCUUCUUACAAUAAUAGUCCUUUUCACCAGCACAUUGGGUCUACAGGAGUUCAUCAGUCUACUUUACAUCACGUUGGCCACGCUUCAACACAACGAGCCCUGAAGGAGUUUGGCUCACCCCAGCUGAGAUGUAAGUAUGUCUGUGGGCCAAACUGGAGUCCAGAGUUUCACCAGUUCCAGAGGACACGUUGCCAGUCCUGGGCAGGCUCACUAGUGCCAAACUGCAGUGCCCAUCGCAAUGAUUCUGGUCCAGGAAGGGUAAAAGCUGUGUGUGACAUCGCUAAAAGCUCACCCCACACUGGACAUACCCACCAGCAAAAAUCCACAUCCAGGUCCCAAAAAUGCUCCAAACAGAAACAUUCUUCUGUGCAAGACUGUAACAGUCAAGUCAGUCCAAGUUGUGAAAGCAGGACUAAAAAUAAGCUCUUAUCAGACCAAAGGAGCAGCCUGGUAAAUGCACUUACAGCUGGAUUAAACCAACUAAGUGGAAGCAAUAACUCCUCUGUUCUGAGCAGCCCUGAGGCUGCUCGCAGGAUUGCAGAAGACACCACCAAGGUUUCGACUAUUUUCAAUGAUGUCAGAAGUUCUCCACCUCCUGGUGUUUUUAGGGGUUCUAACCUGAACAGCACAAACUACGAGUGUCCAUCUGGAGAAAUCCAACAUGGGUCCCUACGGCAGAGCCCAGUGCAGAUGGCUGUAAAGAUGAACAUACCUGUGCAUGAACCCCAACCGCUUGACUGUCCUACAACCAUUGGGGUUCAUCUCCACCAGCAUGAAGCACCAGGUAAGCACCAGAGUUUAGGUUUAAUGGAAGACCUGAUUGAUGAGAGAUCUGCUUCUAUUCCUAUGGGCGGUUCCCCUGAUUCCCCUGCCCUCCCUUCUCGUCUUCUUCGUCCAAGUUCAUCCAAAGCUGACUUGUGUUCUCCGCUGCGAGAUCCUCGUCAGCGUAAAGUUGACCUGCCAGUCUCUGAUAGCCCCACACCGCACCGUCACAAAACCCCACAGUACACCGGAGAGGAAUGGACUCCCGUUGACCCAUGGUUCCUAGAUGAAGAUGAAUGGGAUGAUCACGUUGCCACAGAAAGCGUGGAAAUAUCCAGGCGGUUGUUUAUUGGUCAAAAUGUAGACGAUUCUCCAAUUAGCUGGACAUCCAGACAGCAGUGGAAAGAGCAAGUAAAAACAGAAUUGGAGAACAUUAUUUUUGCAGAACCACAUGGAGGGACUUUAAAAAGUAGCAGCCCGGUUUAUAAAAAAAGUGAGAAGGUUGUCGUCACAGAAAUAGGAGAAAAGCACUCGGUUAGUGUAACAAACCACAGCUCUGAGAAAAAUGCAGAGGAGAUGUCCACACUAACACAUCAACAGAGACAGGCAGAAUGGAGGAAAAGGCAGGCUUUGCUUCUAGGACCGGUGGUGUUUGAGGAAGGUGAUGGGGAGAGAGGAGAAGAGGAACCAGGGUUUGGAGAACACCAGGGCUUGGCAGGGUCAUCACCGAGUUCCAGUGGAGUGACAGGGAGCCUUGGGGACAGAGACUGCAUCUCGCCAUCCAGCCAAAAUAGCAACCAAUCAGAACAUCGAUCUUUGGGAAUACAGUUGGACGGUGCUUCUGCGGUUGCAGGUCCAUCUCUGCACUGUCAGAAAAUCGCACGUGCCAAGUGGGAGUUUCUGUUCGGGACACCUGCCAGUGGACGAGAGAAGAAUGUUCCAGAACCCUCGACGGCUCCUCCUAGCGGUCACUCCACCCCAAUCCCACCCAUGUAUCUGCCUUUGGAGGAACUUGCUCUCAGAGCCAAUCAUGAUGUUCAUCAUGUGGAGGUGGAGCUGGUGACUCCACCCCCCGCCGCCCCAGGUACCUCUCCAAAAACCGGAAUAAUCAGACGGACUUUGAAAUACUCGGAGACGGACUUGGACGCCAUUCCUUUACGAUGUUACCGGGAGACUGACAUAGACGAGGUGUUGUUGGCGGAGCAGGAGGAUGCCGACUCAGCGUUUGGGAGCAACCGAAGUGUCAUGGGAACUUCCUUUGCUGGGAGCAGCCCAUUAGGAGAGAUGCCAACCGAGAGAACAGAUGGACGGGAGGAAGAGGAGGAGGAAGAAGAGGAUGUUGCGAGCUGGGUGACUGUCAGGAUGCAGGGGGACGUGAGGAGGCUGCUGGCUGAUCAGGACUUGGAUGCGGAAGAGGAGUAUUACAGGGUCAUGCUGAAGAGACACCGUGAUCAUUUCAAUAAGGACCAUCCAGCUCUAAAAUCUCCUCUCCUGCUCCGAGGGCCACGAAGAAGAUCUGGAGACACUCAGGACACCUUCAGCCGGCAUUUUGAAAGCAUCAUGGAGUCUCACCGUGCCAAAGGAACAUCCUACAGCAGUCUGGAUAGCCUUGACCCUCUGACCUCCAGUACUCAGACCGUCCUGACCUUUGACCUCCCCACGCUGACUCCACAGGUACAGGGUCAGAUCUACCAGAGCGCCCGGCAGAUCGUGCAACUCAGCUUCGCUCCAUUGGCACAUAUAGAGAUGCCCAGCCUCUCAGAAUCUGCGCUGACGAUAACCUGCGACACAGACGCGACGCGAGCACCGUCCAGCGAGCGGCUGAGCAGUGGAUCAGAUGAUCGUAAUGGCCAGAGCUGGCACAGUAAUCCUGCACUGUCACUGCCGAGGGAGAAGUUGGCACAUUUGGCUACAGAUGCUGAUUUGGAUCAAGAACUGAGCGAGCGUUUGGGUUUGGGCAGUAAUGAAACUCUUAGUAACAGCAACCGAGCUGACCUGGAGGCUGCCAAACGCUUGGCCAAACGCCUCUUUAACCUCGAUGGCUUCAGGAAAUGUGACGUUGCACAUCAUCUGAGUAAAAAUAAUGACUUCAGUCGCAUGGUGGCUGAGGAAUAUCUGCACCACUUCAAUUUUACUGGAAUGACUCUGGAUCAAGCACUAAGGACAUUCCUGAUGGAGUUUGCUCUGACGGGCGAGACGCAGGAGAGAGAGCGAAUCUUAGCACACUUUUCUCAUAGAUACCUGCAGUGUAACCCCUCUCUCCAACUAUCUGAAGACAGCAUCCAUACACUGACCUGCGCCCUGAUGCUGCUCAAUACAGACCUGCAUGGACAUAACAUUGGUAAGCGGAUGUCCUCUGCACAGUUUAUUGGGAACCUGGAAGGACUAAACAGCGGUCAUGACUUUCCUAAAGAUCAACUCAAGGCCCUGUACAACUCCAUCAAGACUGACAAACUGCAGUGGACCAUCGAUGAAGAGGAAUUAAGAAAAUCGUUUUCGGAGCUCGGGGAGCAUCGAGGAGAGUCAAACUCACGGACGGUGAAGGAAACCGGCAGUGGGCUAGGAUCACCGUCUGGUGCACUUCUCUAUAAUACAGGCUUCCUGGUGAGGAAGGUCCACGCCGACUCCGAUGGAAAGAGAACGCCUCGCGGGAAAAGAGGAUGGAAAACAUUUUAUGCUGUGCUGAAGGGAGUCAUCCUUUACUUACAGAAGGGCGAGUAUCGGCCAGAUAAACAGUUAUCCGAUGAAGAUCUGAAGAAUGCCGUGUCCAUACAUCAUUCCCUGGCUAUCCGAGCCACAGAUUACAGCAAACGGCCAAACGUCUUCUACCUCCGGACGGCCGACUGGAGAGUUUACCUCUUUCAAGCCCCUAAUGCUGAGCAGAUGCAGUCUUGGAUCACGCGCAUCAACACGGUGGCGGCCAUGUUUUCAGCCCCGCCCCUCCCUGCUGCUAUUGGCUCACAGAAGAAAUUCAGUCGACCGCUGCUGCCAGGCUCCGCCUCCAAGCUGUCACAGGAGGAGCAGGUGCAAGCACAUGAAGCACGAUUUCGCUCAAUCUCCACUGAGCUUGCUCAACUACGCUCUUAUCCACCCGACCGAAAAGUGAAAGGCCGUGAACUUGAGGAGUACAGAUUGAGAGAGGAGUAUCUGGAGUUUGAGAAAACUCGCUACGAGACGUACAGCAUGCUCCUGCGGGCCAAGCAGCGCUGCGGAGACGACGACCUGUCCGUGUUCGAAGCCAUGCUUUUGGAGGAGGGAGCGAUACAGAGAGCUCAAUCCACUACCACCCUACAGGACAGCAGCCUUACCUGCAGCACUCAAAGCACCGCCGCACCACCGGACCCUCCCGCUAACGGCAACGGCUGCUCGCGCCCUCAAACCCAAAGGCACAGCUAUCGGCAGGCCGUCCGGAAGUGAGCGCCACCCGCAGGAAGCUUGCGAAAAUGAGGCUUCUCUUAUACCUGCGUGCGCCCUUCUGCUGCGUGUGCCAUCGGGAAUUGCCAUUGAUUCAGACUGAAUCUGACUCUGUGAUUGGCUGAUGGGUGGAUGAUGUCACAAUAUAAGGUGCUAAGGAAUCGGAAUGGGAGAACGUGCACUCCUCGGAGGAGGUGUGACGCAAAAUAGAAACGCAGAACGGGUGCCAUCUGUCAUUUUGCCUUCUAGUUAUCAGUUUCUCUCAUUACGCACUUCUAAGGCCGGCACAAAUCUGGGCCUAAACAUCGUCACGACUGUAAAAUAUCACUUUUUUAUCCUACUAUGAAACUUCACAUAUUGCUCGAAUUUUUCUCUUGUUAUAGUGAAGGGCUUGAUGCCGUACAACAUUCGAGAAGGAUCUGUGUAUAUUACACAGUUAGACACAGAUUAUUGUUGUAUGUGGGCAUAUAUUUUGCGGUUAUGGACCAGUAGAGAAGCAGAUUACAGAUAAACUAACUAGUUCGUACAGACUAGUCUCCAGCAUUAGUAAUCUGCUAUUUAUUUAAAAUAUAAUGAAUGAUCCUUACAAUCUAUUUACAAUCAACCCUAAAUUUUGUAUUUUGCACUGAGCGUAUUAUCAGACUGCAAAAAUCAUUUAACAUUUUUGUACUUUCCAAUAAAAAUACAUAAACAUCCUUAAAACCAAAUAGUUUUAUUUGAAACUAAACUAAACUGUGCAAGUUAGUAAGAGUUGUUUUAGAGAAUAUAUCUUUAAUAAAAUUCACAUUUAAUUUCCCACGAAACUCACAAAAUUAAUGCUUCAAACACUUUCUUACCCCUGAAAGGAUAAGAAAAUAAAGAUAUAUCCUCUAACAACUAGAUGCUUGCUUGAAGUUGGAUGUUCGCUUGGAUGUUUAUAUAUAUUUUUAUUGGAGGAUGAGACAAAACUGGUUAAAAUAAAUGAUUUUUUUGCAGUUAUAUACCAAACCGAAGCUUAAUAUUUGUCUUUAGAGCUCAUUUGCUGUUCAAUAUUCAUAUUUUAGCAUUAGUUUUGGCUGAAUGUUUUCGUCUGCUGCGUUUAGCAUGGCCGACCCAUGACAAUCUCUUACUGUAUGUUUGGUUAAGCGGAAACCGAAUCCAGUAUAAAUAGGAGACGCGCCGUGUGUAGUUCACGAGUUAACCCAACCUGUUACCCCCGCAGCACACUGAAUGUCCUUUUAUUCCUGUCGAAUAGUUAGUGAGUGUUUAAGACGCACUUCCCCUUAAUGCUUUAUGUAACCGAUAAGACAAAAGUGUGUUUGUCUGCAAAACUAUAUCACCUAUUUAAGGAAUGUUCUUACAUUUAUAAUACAUGUGGUGUGUCAAAAUCACUGCCACUUGCGAUAUACAGCAUAGGCCUGUGUUUGUGUGUUAACAUAGCACGCGCUUACAGUAACACUAUGAAUAUGGGUACAAGAAAGUGUCUAAGUACCGUGAAUUUUAUCAUUGUGACAGAAAUCAAAUUUGCAGUCCCGGCAUUUUUCUUGAUCGGUUCCUUUUGCAUAAGACCUUGUGGUCGGUUCAUUCAGUAAACAUGAUGAAACGGUUCCUCAUAAACUCGAGACGGAAACUAAAUCAAAGUAUUUUGCUGUGCUAAGUCAACAAAUACAUGAGAUCUGAAUUGUUAAAAAAGUGUCACAUUUCACCUCAAAAAUCAGCAGAUUUAAAUUGUUUUGCUUAAAGAAAGAUAAAUGUGAAGCCUAUUUAUUUGUUUAUUUAUUGACAAUUCUGCACACAUUUCUCAUUAUUGUAUAUGGUGAUUUUCGUUACAGUAACAUUUAUGUAUUUAUUUACCGUAAAUAGCUUGCAAAUGAGAAUUGGGAGGCAAAUUAUGUUGUAAUGGUCCAAAAACUACACUGGUAAUAAUUUCUGUAGAAAUUACACCAUCACUGGCAGCUCUUUCCCAGUAACUUACUGUAGGUUUAAAUUUGUGUUGUUUAUUAGCAACAGUUUGUUAUGGAAGCCCAUCUCCGCCACGUAAGAAAAAAAUCAUGCUCUGGUAAAUCAUAACUAUGAGAUAAAAAGUUGAUGAUAUAACUUUUAAAGUCAAAAUUAUGACUAAUUUAGACUUUAAUCUCAUAAUUUUAACUUUUACCAGAGCGUGAUUUUAUUAUUAUGUGGCGGAAUGGGCUUCCAUAGUUUGUUCAAAGUUAAUUGAACAUUGAACAUUAACAAGUCUUUACAUAGUAAAACUAAAAUAAAAUAACAGCCUCAUGCAAAGCAUUCUGGGAAUUAAAAUCUGAAGGAAAAAACUGAAAAAGGUUUCCAGAAUGCUUUGCAUGAGGCUGUUAUUUUAGUUUUAGUCUGUAAAGAUUUGUAAAUGUUUAAUGUUCAUUUAACUUUGAACAAACUGUUGUGAGUAAAUAACAUACAUUUAAAUCUACAGGAAGUUACUGGAGAACCGCUGCAUAACUACAGCAUUUUUUUAAAGUGUAGGCUUUAUUUCUUUAAGUAAAACAUCAUUUCUCAUUUAUUUCUGAUGAGAUGGUUUGUGACGGUUUUGUUCGGUUCACUGUCAGUGUUGGUUUCAAAGACCGAAUCUGCUACGAUAUAAUCCAACCAAUACAGCGCUGUAUAUCCGGCGAGCAUGAUGUUAAAUAGUUUUCGGUGUUUUUCGAUUAAAUUUACCGCUGGAAAGCCAUUCUCUGCUCAGGUGUCAUAUAUAUGAACUAAAUGUAACUGUUGCAAUGCAUUAUCUCACCAGCAGAGGGUUUAUGUGAUGGAGGAGGUGAGCUGAAAUCUUUGUGUCUGUCUGUAUGUAUAUUUAUUUAUUUGUCCUUUGAGAGACGUUGGUUACUUGUAUGAUUUAUUAUGGUCUCUUUAUGCACAAACACACAGAAGCAGAACGUGUUUUUGACAAACGUCUGAGCGUCUGUCGUGUCCUGCUGUGAUGAAAUCGGUCAUCUCUGAUCAAUAUCAAUAUCAUGUUAAACUAUAUUUUUAAGCAGCACCUGAAUGUACAUAAACAGCAUGAUUUCUUCUUUGCAUCUUGUGUCUUGAGGUAAAUAUAAGCAUCUGUUUCUUAUGUUGAAUGGAGGAUGGUGAAGGAUUGCUGCUUGUUGUUGUUAUUAUUACACACUGUAUGAGAAAUAAACUGAUGUUGUUAUAGAGGAAAUGAAAAUGAAACACUAAGCUGAUGGGUCUAGCAUUUGUUCAUGUUUUUCAAAGUUUCGUUUGUUUCUCUUUGUUCCUGUUCUUUCAUAUGUGGUUCGCUUGUAAAAAAAAAAGUUCAAUGAGAACCGUGUUUGCACAGCCUCCUCAUCUUUAGGAUGGCUUGGGAUACAGAAAUAAAUAACUAAAACCAU